UCUCCGCCGGAAGCCGCGCCGGCCGAUGAUCUCGAAAGCAGCCAAGUCGGUGUCGAUUCUCCUGGGUGUUGGUCGAGGGAAGAGGCUGCUCGAGGACGGCGAUUCUCCAUCGGCCUUCGGCCCUCAAUGCGCUCAGCACGGCAAUGGGCGCUAGGUUGCAGAAACUGUACAAAAACUGGGAAGAUGAUCCGGACAUAGGUUUCGUGAUGAUGAAGGGCAGUGGCAGGGCUUUUUGUGCCGGGGGCGAUAUUGUUAGCCUCUACCAAUUGAUAAAUAGAGGAAAAAUAGAGGACUGCAAGGACUUCUUUAGGACGUUAUAUAGUUUUAUAUAUUUUUUAGGUACAUUUUUGAAGCCACAUGUGGCUCUAUUAAAUGGCAUCACAAUGGGAGGUGGUGCUGGUUCAAUUCCGGGGACAUUUCCAGUUGCGACUGAUAAAACCGUCUUUGCCACACCGGAGACUCUUAUUGGGUUCCACCCAGAUGCUGGAGCCUCCUUUUACCUCUCACAUUUACCUGGUCAUUUAGGAGAGUAUUUGGGUCUAACCGGAGAGAAGCUCACAGGGGCUGAAAUGAUGGCUUGUGGCCUUGCUACACACUAUACCCUUGAUGCAAGACUUCCCUUAAUAGAAGAACAACUGGGGAAAUUAGUUACAGAUGAUCCAUCAGUGAUUGAGAGUAUGCUGGAAAAAUAUGGAGACCUUGUCUGUCCAGAUAAGAUGAGUGUAAUUCACAAGAUGGAGUUGGUGGAUAAAUGUUUUGGUCAAGACACGGUUGAAGAGAUUAUUGAUGCCUUGGAAAGCAAAACAGCUGGACUGAAGGAUUCUUGGUGCAAUUCUGCCCUUAAGAGACUUAAAGAAGCUUCUCCAUUGAGCUUGAAGGUUUCUUUGAGAUCUGUACGAGAAGGGAGGUUCCAAACCUGUGACCAAUGCUUGGCUCGUGAAUAUCGCAUGUCCCUACAAGGAAUAUCAAAGCAAAUUUCUGGCGACUUUUGUGAGGGGGUUCGGGCACGGAUGGUGGACAAGGACUUAGCACCGAAGUGGGAUCCUCCGAGUUUGGAUAAAGUUUUGGAAGACAUGGUGGAUCAAUACUUUUCACCUCUCAGUGAACUUGAACCUGACCUCGACCUCCCAACAAAACUGAAAUUAGUCAGAAACCGUCAUUCUCAAUUGGAAUAUGGAGGUUUCCCCAAAUUGUCAAGGUCCAUUCUUUCACUUCAGUUUUAGAUGGGACAGGAUCAACUACAGCUUUUGUGCUAGUUGAGGUUUUAUCUAGUUUGGCUAGUGUGAUGAAAUUGUUAUGUUUUUACUGAUGGUCAAGUCAUAUAUGAAUCAUCUUUGGAUCCAUUGACAUGCGCUUGCCUAUUGUCUGCCUGGUGGUAGUGGCCGGUAUUGACUAAUGAAACUGUGGCAUGACGGACUUGGACCGAGGAGAGAAAUUACCUUUU